AUGUCAGGAAAAUUAAUUGUUAUUAUUGAGGCUGGUGGAAGGGUGUGUUCAGACAUGUAUAAUGUGAGUAGUGUAGAAACAGAGGAUGGAGAAAAGUCGUGGAGGACAACCCUAUUCAUCUAUGCAUCAAGGCCUUGGUAUUCUGAUGAUGAUCACUGGAUUUUGGACAAACUACUAGGUUGCAGUUAUUGUCAAAAGUUUAAACACAGAAGGGGAGGCGUUGUUCUAGAAUCAGGUGGACUAAGAAAAUUACAGAAUUCAAUUGUGCAAUCAUUUGAAUUACCAAAAUUCACGAACAAAGGGAACCGAAUAGAUACAAACACUGCACAUCUGAUUAAACUACCCAAAAAGGAGUACUUUUGCAGUGAGAAUGAAAAGCGACAGCAAUUUGCUGAACCAUAA